CGUAAAAUGAAAUUCGUCUGCACCUGAACAGGUGCUUGAAAAACUGACCACUUCAUGAUAAAAUGGCCUUUGAUUGCACUGAAACAGACAUUAAAAGAAUGCUUCUACUCGUUGGAAUAAUCUUUAUCACAAUGGACAUCACAUCCUGCAAACUUUCAAAGAAAAAAGAAAAUAAUGUUCAAAGUUUCUUGGAAGAUGAAUUGAAGGAAGCAGAAACUAAAGGCAAUAAAUGUUCUCUGAAGAAGAUAAAUGUGAAAAGUGUUAACCAAAUUAGAUGGACUAGAACUGCUAAGGAGGUGAUUCCUUGUGCUAUCAAGCUCCUAACAGACAACAAGAAUGAUGGAUUUCUAUGGUCAGUACUUGGUACUUUGUAUGAUAAUGCAGAUAAGUCAACAGAUGCAAACUUUUGUUUCAAACAAGCAACCAGAAUAACAGGAAAGAUAACUCCGUUUAUCAAACAAUGGAACUAUCUGGGUCCUUUUGUCAUCGGAAAGACAGAAUUUGAUGGCGACCCUUUAGAGGCAUUUGGGGGAAUCUACAAUGUAUCAAAGUAUAGGGAACACAAAAAUCAAAAGUUUUACUCAGAAUUUUCUCCGGGAGGGGAAAUAACAUGGCAGGUAUAUAACCAGAGACAGCCAAAAGAUGUGAUGAAAAUUGCCCCAACCGUGAACUGGAAUGAAUUAAUCAAUACAUUAAGCUCUAUGGGAAUCACAGAAUGGCAAGGAUGGGUUAUAGGAGAAUUUUCUUUGAAUGACAACAGACAAAAUGUUGCUUUACAAUGUCUUGGCCACCAUACUAUAUAUGUUGAUGGGAUACCAGUCACAGGAGAUGUUUACCAUAGAAACCAGUUUUACUUUGGCCUUCAACUCAAUAGAGGUUUACAUUCUAUAUAUGUCAGACUAAGAGGGAAAGUUGGAGCUAAUUUGAUGUGUAGCCUACAGAUUAAACAAGUCCCUUUUGAAAUUUUGAAUCCUCAUUAUCUACCAGAUAUUGUUGAUGGGCAUGUAUUUGGUAAACAUAUAGCUAUACCAGUUGCCAACUACCAUUUUUCAAAGUGGAUAAAAAUAUCAAAGAUUAAACUAGUUGACCAAUCAGAUGGCAAUGAUAUGAACUUUGAACUCUUAAACCAAGUUCAUAUUGCACCAGGUCAGAUUCUACCUAUAAAUAUUGUUUUCGAAUCGUCAGAGAUAUUGCCAUGUGAAAAUAUACAAUUAAAGCUAAAAUUAUUGACUUCAGAAGGAAAUAGAGAUUUUCUAGUGAAUUUGAGAUGUAGAAAAUUAAAGGAGUCUUUUCUGUUUACGUUCCUGGAUCAUGAUGGUUCUGUCCAACAUGCUGCAGCAAUAUAUCCACUGAGUAACUGUAUGGGAGAAUCUUGUCCUGUUCUGUUGACUCUUCAUGGGACAACUGUUCCACCACAGAACCAGGCAGAUAGCUAUAAAUAUAUGGUUGAUAAAGAGUUUGUGUAUGGGGUUGAUGGUGCAUGGUUGUUGGCACCUACAAGACAUGGAGCUCACAACUGGGAAGGGCCAGGAGUACUGACUGCUCUGACUGCUUUAGACACGCUCUCUAAACUCACAGAUGAGUAUUCUUGGUUGACAAUGAAAGCUGAUCAAGAAAGAGUUAUUUUUUCAGGUCAUUCCAUGGGAGGUCAUGGUGCACUAAACUUAGCUACACAUUAUCCAGACAGAGCAUUAGCCCUCAUCUCUCUUGCUGGUUGGAUAAAGAAAGAAGAAUAUGGUGAUAGUAACCUGUUCUUUAGACAUGACAUAGCUGCAAGCCAUGUAGACCCAGGUGUGAAGUUUAUCAUGGAAUCUUCUAUCACAGAAAAUGACGUUGAUAGACACGUUUCUAACUUGAAGCAUGUCCCUGUGUUGAUCAGAACAGGUGCUGCUGACAAGACUGUACCUCCAUUCUACCUUAGAAGGAUGUAUCGAUUGUUGAGGGAGAUAGGGGCUAUGGUUAAUUAUACAGAACCAGAGGGAAAGGAGCAUUGGUGGUGGGAUACAAAAGAGACAAAUGAUGGAGGAGUAGUAAAUGACAAGUACAUCAGAGAUUUCACAGCUAAAGCUCUGGAACAGAAGUUGGGUUACUGUCGUGACGAUAACUGUAAACAAGCCAGUGAUAAUAAAUACAGUAAACAAGAUCAUAGUUUUACCUACACAUGUGUGAAUCCAGCUUUCGGAGAAGGUCUGCGAGGAUUUCAAGUCAUUCAGCAAAUUACACCUUUCAGACUUAGUCAGAUAAAGGGUUCCAUGAAGGAUGAUACAAUGAUAGUUGAUACAACCAAUGUACUGAGAUUUUCAUAUAAAAAGAAUAACUUGAGGUUGCCCAAGUUCAAAUCGUUACAGGUGGAUGGAUCUUCAGUGAAGAAAUUAGAAGACAAACUGAAAACUUCUUCUACUGUUUACUUUUGUAGAAAUAUAGAUAGCUGGGAAGUAUGCACAGAGGAUUUGGGAGAUUCCAGAGGACCUUCAUCUUAUGGUCCUGCUAGGAGAGUAGCUGAAAAGAAGUUCUAUAUUGUUAUUGGUACACAAGAUCCUAAUGCAGCAGUAUACAUUCAGAAGUUUGCUGUUUACAUAGCCAACCUGUUCUUUCUGACAUCUGAUACAACAGCUGUAGUUAUAAAGGAUGAGGAGCUUGAGAAUGAUCAGAUAGAAAAUUCUAAUUUGAUAAUCAUUGGAUCACCAAAACAGAAUUCAAGGACAGAUAUGUACCUUAAGAAAAUACCUGUAAAGGUCAAAGAUUCUUCUUUUUCAUUAUCAAAAUGUAAAUUCGAUGAUCCUAGAUCAGGCCUUCUUACAUUAGCCCCGAAUGGUAAAGACAAUCUUGUAUUUAUAUUGAUGUCAAACUCUUAUGAAGGACUAUAUGAUGUCAUAUCCCUGGCCACUCCGACUAUUCCACCAAUGACAAGGUCACCUUUUUCUAACCUACUACCAGAUUAUGUAGUUACUGGUCCAGAGUAUGGUCUGAAAGGUCCUGGUGGAUUUUUAUGUACUGGAUUCUGGGGAAACAGUUGGGAAUACAGAACUGACAUUUCAUCUUGUGUUUGCUAAUACUUACUUAUUUUAGGAUUGCUAUGUUAUGGUGAUGGUCAUUUUGUUGUUCUAUUUAUAGAUAAUUAGAUGUGAUUAUUUUUUAUCCUCAUUUAGAAAUGUAUUUGAUUUUUUUUGUUAAACUGCCAAGAAUCACUUCCUUAUGAU